UGUAGUGACAUAGUCUUCCCCCUUUUUCAUUUUUUUCUUUUGUAAAUUUGUUUUUGUGAAAAGUUAUGCGUUUGCGGCGGUUUGCCAUUCCGAGGGUUCGAUCUGGUGCUCUUUUGCGCUGCUGAUUACAUACUGGUAUCGGCAACUGGUCAUUCGCUAUUGACGAUAGUUUCAGAAUUAAGCUCUUGAGAAUGAUUCAGGUGGGACGAGGGUUAUGUCUGCGCUCUCGUCGAACGGCAGUGGCUUACUUAGUUUAGUGGCUACUAAUAAGUGUCGCUGUGUGUAAUGCAGGUUGCAGCUCGCAUCGUUUUUUCCUGCUUUUGUUCGUGAUUAUUUCUGGAAUUUGGUUGGGUUUUGCUCAGCUCAGGCCUUGGGGCUUUCGGACUGACUUGAAACCCAUUGGAUAAUUUUACAGCGCAAAUGCCGAAGGCAAACGUUUCUGAGGAUAACGAAGUCGCUGAUGCGGUUAGCGAUGUCAGCGACGCAGAAGAUAAUUCGGAAUUGUCGGAAGAAACCUUCGAUGUGGAAGCUAUCGAAGACGAGCGACGAAGGGGUGAUAAGAUACAGUAUUACAUCAAAUGGAAAGGCUACGGCCGAGAGGCUAACACCUGGGAGCCGCAGGAGAAUUUACUACAGUGCCAAGAGGCUUUGCGACAAUGGGAAAAGACAAAGCGACAAAAGCAGCAGUCAGGAAAGAAAAAGAAGCGGACCUUCGCAGAUCUCGAUUACGAUUCUCAGCGCGAAGAAAUGCCUGAUACAGCGACAACAGGGAAGGAGAAAAUUGUUGUGGUUAAAGGCACCGACACAAAGCGUCGCAAUGGAGCUGUCAGUGAAGGGUCCAGCGCGAAGGGUCGCAGUUUAGUGACAAGUGGCAAAAAAUCGUCCGACUUGGCCAUGGUUGAUUACCACCGAAACUCUGAACGCGCAUCCGUAGCCGAUUCUUUAGUAUCGGACGCUGGAACAGAAGAAUCCGCGGAGGUUCCAUUUGUUUGUCCGCCUGUGCCACUUGGAAAAUCAAAGAAUAAAAAUAACCCUGCACAGCGAGGAAAAGGAACUCCAGGCGGCUCCAAGUCAGGCAAAGUACUCAAACACCCAAGCAGCAAGCUGCAGAACGGCGUUUCCACUUCCGCUAAGAAGCUUCCCAAUCGUUCUGGAGCUGGUUCUCUAGAAAUAUCAAAUGGCAUACAUGGGAAACGAAUUUCAGUAGACCGUGAGGAGUCUCCUAUUACUGGGAUGGAAAUGUCGCUUACGGUUCCGUUAAAAAAACCCAGCGCUAAAAAAACUGUUGGUGAUGCGGAUACAUUUCGCAAACCUCGACCAGUAAGUCGUACGAAACCCUCCGUAAACCAGGCAAAGCGGAAACGCGAAAUAUCCAUAAAUCGCAAAGGAAAGGAAUGCACUAAUCGGGGUGUUCAAACUGAGCACAUAGAUGAUGAUCCUAUAACAUGCCCCAUUCCACCGGAACUGGCGAAGGAGAACACUCAAAUUGAAGAUCUCCGCUCUAAAGCACUGCGUGUUCUUCGGGUUCAAGGAAUUUUGCAAAGAAAUAAACAUUCUACGACACGUCCUCUUGAUAACGAUGAUGCCUUGGUCGUGGUUGUUUUGGAUGAAGGUGGUGGGAAAGAAGUAGCUGAACUGUUUAGUAAACGCGUUGUCCGUUUUGUGCUGCCGAUUCAGCUGAUUGAAUUCUACGAAGGUCAUUUGAAUUUGCCGGUCAGUGUGCGGACGUUUGUGCCAGGUGCAUGACGGUUGGUAGAUAUUAAAGGGAUGGGUAUUGUGGCGGGUAGUAUAACCGGCGUCCAGGAACUGUUCAACAGCGUUUUCCGCUAUGUUGGAAGAACAGUUUGUUAUCACCCCAAUCCGAAGCCACGAACUGACUGUUCAGGAUCAGUUGCCCGAUCAUCUCGUCACGUCCAUUCUGCGCCGUCUUGGCAUAUAUCUGGUACAGCAUCGUAUUAACGGGAAUCUUGGCCAAAGAUUCUCUGAAAUCUGUAGAGUCGGUCGGGCUCAGAGCAAUGGCUUGAUUCGGAGCGAAAGUCAGAAUCAAAGGCGCCUUCGCAUUGGACGCAUUUUGUCCGUUCGGCUCCACCAUGGCGUGCUGCAUCAACGGCAAUUUGUUCUCAUCCAAAGGACGUCCACACGCACCGCCUGGCAGUGUGCUGAUAGCUUGAUGAAAUGAUUUCCCCAGGUUCUGUAGGAAUUCGUUGUUGGGACUCGGACUCGGGAUCCAGUUACUAAAAUUCUUAGCAAAGAAGUUUCGAUUAGACCCCUGACCUUCCAAGCCCUUCUCGUUAUCCAUGGCGAAAAUGUUGACAGACGGUUGACCAGUGAUGAAUAAUUUGAGCGCUACACCCGGGAGGAUAUUGGUCAUAUCGUACAGUGCCACCGACAGUCGGGCCAAACCAGGAACAUUGUUACCCGCCUUGAAUACACCGGUGUAGGGCGAAUUGGACAGCAUUUUUAGCGUGACCUUUCCCACCGUACCAAAACUGUGAAGGAGUUUCUGUCGGCCGGGCGGCAUUUCAUCGGAAACAAUAGUGAAGGGCUUUUGAGCGAAGGUUGGAUUCAGUACGUUGGGCAGCACCGUGUUCAUUAGAUCCGGACCUUGGGUCGGCAACGGCUUGUUGGAUGGAUACCGGCUGGAAAUGAUGUUGUUCCAUAAUGUCGUCUGUUUUUCUGUUCCUGUCAGGGUCACGUAAUUGGCCGGCAGAGUAGCAUGUGAUGUGCUCAAAGAGCCCAAAACGGUUAUUGCAAUUAAGCUUAUGAAUGUGGACAUUUUUAAAUGGACCAUGUGUAAUCUAGCGCAGCAAAUGGAUAUAUGCAGUCUGCUUACUGGCCUUAAGAAAUACCUUAGGUGUACCAUAAAGUCGUCUGCUAGG